AUGAGUUCCCCAACUACAAGCCAGAAAAAAGCGGCAAUCUUCAAGCCCGCAGGUGCGAAGACAUCGGGGAUGGGACGCGGGACGACGAAAGCCCCCUCUAGCAGUGCUGUUGUAGUACGGCUAGAAGAUCCAUCGCAUUCGCACCAGACGGUUAUACGAGUCCAAAAACCAAGCGACCCUUUUCUUGUGGCAAACAGGGAUGAGGGUGUCUGUGACGGUGUCGGAGGAGACGUGCCAACAGCCGACGCGCAGGGCAAGCCCAUAGAUGAAUAUCCCGGCAUAGUGUGGAUUUUAUGGCGAACUGUAUACGUAAGUACGUACUCGUCUUUUUUAAUGAUUUAUUACGAAAAUUGGUCACAUCAAAAUCAUGAGGAAGAAUCUCUCAAGAUACAGAAAUACUCAAUAACUCGUCUGCACUCGUCUCUCGUCCGCACUCACGACCUCGUCCUUCCUACUUUCAUACUCCCGCACCUCGUACGUUCUCGACGUCCUAAAAGAUGGAGAAAGGAUGCCAAGAUGCCAGGAUCUUCCUGCAAACGCAUUUGGGAACCCGCAAGACGCCAAACUUAUGCCGCAGGUAGACCUAAUAGUGGUACUCUCAAAGAAAAAAACGUUCUUAUCUGGAUUUUCAAUUUCAUCAUUCUUGUUCAGAGUCAAAGUUACGUAAACCCCAAAUAUUAACGAAAGAUCCGCCUCAUUGUUGGUUCUAACUUCAGUCUUUUUGCAUUGACACAUCCAUGGUUGGCACGAUAUGAGCCCGAUCCUGGCGGCAUACAGGUCGAAACCCUUCGUGCAAAGCUAGAAAGACUUAGGGGACAGUUGAUUUAUGGAAUUCUUCAUUUUGUUCAAACUCGCCAAAAGAGCCAGACAUAAUACAUAGAAGUCACUAUGUUCUUCUAUUAUGGUCGUCAAACUCAUAUCACCAUAGGUCGACAUAGUCGUCUUCAAGAUACUCAAUCUUUAUUCUUGCCCCGCGUGUGUGGAAAUGAGAAGGAAUCCAUGUCCAUCUUUCCUCACAAAGAUGGACGUGUGAUCUUUCCUCCAAACGCGUCCAUGUCCAUCUUUCCUGCACUCUUUCUAACUCCCGCUCGAUCGCAAGGACGUGAUUUUUGUGGACUACAUGUGCUUGCCGCAAGUCCACUGGAGAGACGGCCGCGACGAUCGGACAGCAGAGCAGAGAAGGACUUUCGCUAAAGCUCUAGAUGGAGACCUCAUGGUUAAGGCUAAUGUCGGAAGAAAGGUAGCACAUCAAGACAUCGUAUGCAGGUGAUUCUUUGAUCAAUGAAGUCCGUAGGGAGAUCACGUUGAUGCAGUGGCGCGAUGUCUUGAUGUGCUACCUUUCUUCCGACACUUAGCCUUAACCAUGAGGUCACCCGCUUUCAUUAUUCGUUCUCGACUCAUGUCCUCUAAGCGUCGGAAGAAGGUCCUCCAGACAAAAGGUAGCACAUCAAGACAGCGUACUACCCUCAACUUGUGUCCUCUGGAUAGUGUGUGUUUGAGAUGAAGAAACUAGCUCUAAAAGAGGUCGCAUAUUCCUGACCUCACAAGUACUCAUCAUUGAUGAGGUGCCUCGCGAUGCGCAAUCUGCGACCAAGUAUUUGGAUCGCGGAUGGUGCUUUUUCGAGUCCGUGGUAGCGUCUAUGAAUGCAGCUGCGAGGGAUACUUUAUGGGUAUGAGCAGGAAUGAUUCAGUAUCCCAUUCCCAUAACGGUGGUCUAGCAUGGAAUCGGAAUGAUUAAUGAAAUACUUAAACUUAUAAAUAAUAUGAAUACAACUUUUAUGUUCUUCAGGCACAACGAAUACUAUUCUCCUCGAGUAGAACAUGAAGAAGUUGAAGUGGUCGAUAAAAAACGUUCCUACAUUAAAUGUUCAGACUUUUUCCUUCCUGAUUCAAGUCUUGUCUCUCAUUACACUUACAGCGCACUGAAGUAAGUAGCUGCAUGGAUAUCUCUACUUUGGUUGAUAGCGACUUUUUAUCCAUCUUCUCCACCGCCCUCGACUACUUGCUCCAAGCUACAUCGCCACCCUUCACUACCACCACAUCCACUCCAAGCUAAAUCAGUGCAGAGGUCAAAACAGCAGUGGAUCGGUACCGCAUAAUGGCAACGCGUUUCCGCGAUUCGGGUGAUUUAUCGGCAUUACUAAACGCUUUUGACUCCGAGAUCAGUGAAAAACAUUUUGUAUGGCUGCGUGGGCAAGGAGAACAAUGUUGACCACUACAGUUGAGUAAGAAUGUUUUAGAACAAGUAGGGGUUGAUGAUCUGGAUGUGUUCCUACAACAUGAAAACUUGCUUCAUGGGUAUUAUAAUGGUGUAACACUUUAAAGAUAUUCUUGUGAUGAAGAUUCUGAACAUGAUGUAGAGCACAACCUUAUUUCCUCAUUAGUUUUGUACUUUGUAAAGAUGCACUCAACAUGAACAUCACCUCAUUCAUGCUCCACUGAAAAAAAAGACGCUGUUCUGGUGCGUGGUUUUUUCGUUUCUUUGGCUCGAUCCCAAAGAUUGAUUCGAGCAGCUGCGACGGGGGAUUUCGAAGGCUGUGAAGAAGCUCUGUUAGUGCAGAAAGCUGACCCUGCCACUCGUGACGGUUUCGGCCGUACGGCAUUGCAGGCUGCAUUACUCAAUGGCAGGGUGCACGUGGUUGCUUUCUUGCUGAGACAUGUGCCGCUGGCUGUGAUUAUUAAGGCUCCUUUAGGUUUAGGUGUAGUCCUUUUAGUUUAGCUCUCUACCUUCUACUUAUGAUCUUAAAAAAGUAACUGUCAGACCACGCCUCUACGGCCAUCAUGAACGAUGGCAACAGGGGCAACGCCAUACAUAUACUUGCCACACAUGCUGCUCCACCGACCAUUUCGAAGUAGCAUUUGCUAAUUUCCACAUGCCUGCUGUUGUUGGCGCCACUGGGACCGAAGGCGGAGAGGACACGCUAAAGCUUGCUGACGAAAGUGGUGCCCCAGAAUUGAUGCAUAUUUUGCUAGAACAUCGAAUGAAGUCUAGCGGGUCCACAGUGGUAGUACUAGCAAUCGAAAACGAUGCAGGCGGUUUACGCAAGCAUAUCGACGAGGCGACGAAGAUGGGCAGGGGAACUACGAGUUCUAUGGAUCACAAGCAUGUUGAAAUAAAAAGCAUGAUUCGUGUACUUACGCUUCUUCUAGAUACUUCUUGUACUUCUUACCUUUCGUCAUGGUACUCGCUUAGUCGAGCCCUAACCUCACCUACAUGACUUUUGUUCUAUUCCUUUAGCCGAUGAACUGCGAUCCGUUCAUAUCACCAAGUUCCGGCAACGCCUUCAAUGUCGAUGCACCCCAUUCUCGAGGAAAUACGGCUCUCUACUACGCCGCUUCUCUUCGAAACGUUGACGCCGUGCGUGUACUACUCAAAGCUGGCGCGAAUGCAGACGCUGUCUUCUUAUGAGCAGACUGAUUGCAAGUUAUAGAUACCUACGAAGCUUUCUGUUUCAUCUGAUGACUGAGUUUAUAGUAAAAAGGAAGCUUACGACCUCGACGACCACUGCUUCUUUAUUCGUAUUGUAUGAUCUAUGUAUUCGUUGGAACAAUAACCAGAUAACGAUAAGCACACGAUCGAGCUUUUGGUUUAUGAUAUCAACAUCAAUUCAAUGAGUAGCAUUUAAUAUACUUCCACCUUCUUCUAGUUCUACUGUCUCCAAGUCUUGCAGCCGGAGAAAGUGCACGGGAAUGCGCGACGCGUCUGGGAUAUGCCGAUGUACUGCUUGAGAUGACGUGAGACAACUUAGUAAACUAACACUGUAAGAACAAUAACAUCAGUGUUACUCUAACACUACGAAGUCCCUGUAUGAUUGUGAUACCUGGUUGUAAGAGCGUGAACAUGACUGAACUACAAGUGAAAGUAGAAUGAGAUGGAGCAAACAAUGUUACAGCUGUUCACGACCUUCACACUUCCAGUUACAGUUACAUUUUGUCGUAGCCAUGAGCAUGUCGUCUUGGACCAGGGGAGCACGUGCUGACGUGAGAGCGAGAGAUGCAG